AUGAGCGUUCUCCCCACAUUUGAUUUCAGUGACACCAUCUACAGCACCGUCUGUAGGGGUACUCUUGCCAAACUGGACACACUCUAUCACUCAGCUAGUCGCUUUGCCACUAAUGCCCCCUUCAACACUCACCACUGCAGUCUUUACUCUCUGGAAGAGGAGGACGGAGCAGAGCCUCUAACAUCCAGCUGUCUGUCUAUGAAGAGUGACCGGUCUAUAGAAGAUCCUCCACACUUCAGUAAUGAACCUGGACCCUGGGACCAGUCUGCUUCAUCAGGACACCCCUCCUGUCCCCAGUGUGGAAAAAGAUCCAGGAUCAGAGCUGGACUGCAGACAAGCAGCCAGACCAGCACUGUACAAACAGAAAGUGGUCUGCAGGAGCUUUUAGAUGAACAUCAGAUCAGUCUGAGCAGCACAUGUGAAUGUGUGACUCAAGGAACUGAUGAAGCAGGAACUAAAACCUUCCUCAUCAGGGUCUUCACUGAGGUCCACAUCACAGAGGGACAGAGUGAAGAGGUUAAUACCCAACAUGAGGUGAGGCAGCUUGAAACAGCUUCCAAGAUGAAGACCCUCCAUGACGCUCCAAUCAAGUGUCAGGACAUCUUUAAAGUCUUACCUGACCAACAGGACAGAGUCAGAGUGGUUCUGAUGAACGGCGUCGCUGGCGUUGGAAAAACCUUCUCAGUGCUGAAGUUCACUCUGGACUGGGCACAGCGCUCCAACAACCAAGAUAUCAGUCUGCUGAUUCUGUUCUCGUUCAGGUCGCUGAACUUGAUCAAAGAUGAGCAGUACAGUCUGCUCAUGCUGAUCCGUGUUUUCUAUCCAACAUUACAGAAGCUCACAGCAGAGAAGCUCGCUGGCUGUAAAGUUCUGUUCAUCUUUGACGGCCUGGAUGAAAGCAGACUUUCACUGGAUUUCAACAACAGUGAGGUCGUGUCUGAUGUCACACAGAAGUCAUCAGUCAGCGUGCUGCUGACAAACCUCAUCAAGGGGAAGCUGCUUCCCUCGGCUCUCAUCUGGAUAACUACCAGACCUGCAGCAGCCAAUCAGAUCCCUCCUUCAUGUGUGGACAGGGUAACAGAAGUACGAGGCUUCACUCACCCCCAGAAGGAGGAGUACUUCAGGAGGAGAUUCAGUGAUGAAGAGCAGUCCAGCACAAUCAUCUCACACAUCAAGACAUCCAGGAGCCUCCACAUCAUGUGUCACAUACCAGUCUUCUGCUGGAUCACUGCUACAGUUCUGGACCACAUGUUGACUACAGACCAGAGAGGAGAGCUGCCCAAGACCCUGACUGACAUGUACUCACACUUCCUGCUGGUUCAGACAAAGAGGAAGAAGAACAAGUAUGAUGAGGGACAUGAGACGAGUCCACAGGAGUUGACGGAGGCUGACAGGAACCUUCUUCUGAAGCUGGGGAGGCUGGCGUUUGAACAACUGGAGAAAGGAAACAUCAUGUUCUACCAAGAAGACCUGGAGCAGUGUGGUCUUGAUGUCACAGAGGCCUCGGUGUUAUCAGGAGUUUGUACAGAGAUCUUCAAAACAGAGAGUGUGAUCUUCCAGAAACCAGUCUACAGCUUUGUUCAUCUGAGCGUUCAGGAGUUUCUGGCUGCAGUCUACAUGUACCACUGUUACACCACCAGGAAGACAAAGGUACUGGAGGACUUCCUGGGACGAUACUACAGUUACUUAUCUCUGGAUCACUUCCUGAAGAGAGCCAUGCAGGAAUCUCUCAAGAGUAAAAAUGGCCACCUGGACCUGUUUGUCCGCUUCCUUCAUGGCCUCUCUCUGGAGUCCAACCAGAGUCUCUUAGGAGGCCUGCUGGGUCAGACAGACAACAGUCCAGAAACCAUCCAGAGAGUCAUCAACAACCUGAAGAAGAUGAACAGUGAUUAUAUCUCUCCUGACAGAAGCAUCAACAUCUUCCACUGUCUGAUGGAGAUGAACGACCGCUCAGUACAUCAGGAGAUCCAAGAGUUCCUGAAGUCAGAGAACAGAUCAGAGAAGGAACUCUCCGUGAUCCACUGCUCAGCUCUGGCCUACAUGCUGCAGAUGUCAGAGGAGGUUCUGGAUGAGUUGGACCUGAAGAAGUACAACACAUCAGAACAGGGACGACGGAGACUGAUCCCAGCUGUGAGGAACUGCAGAAAGGCUCGACUUCGUAGAUGUGAACUCUCAGAGACUCACUGUGAAGUUUUGGCCUCAGCUCUGAAGUACAACCCCUCCCAUCUGACAAAACUGGACCUGAGCUAUAACAUCCUGUCUGAUUCAUCAGUGAAGCUGUUGUCUGCUGGACUGGAGAGUCCAAACUGUAGACUGAAGAGUCUGAGACUUCAGUACUGUGAACUCUCAGAGACGCGCUGUGAAGUUUUGGCCUCAGCUCUGAAGUGCAACCCCUCCCAUCUGACAGAACUGGACCUGAGCUUCAACAUCCUGUCUGAUUCAUCAGUGAAGCUGCUGUCUGCUGGACUGGAGAGUCCAAACUGUGGACUGAAGACUCUGAUACUUCGGGACUGUGGACUCUCAGAGACUCACUGUGAAGUUUUGGCCUCAGCUCUGAAGUGCAACCCCUCCCAUCUGACAGAACUGGACCUGAGAGGAAACGAACUGUCUGAGUCAUCAGUGAAGCUGCUGUCUGCUGGACUGGAAAGUCCAGACUGGGGACUGGAGACUCUGAGGUCAGUACUGUGGUGA